CACCAGAACCCGUCCUGUGACCCCGAAGUAUGGGAACAGGAGACAGUAGUGGCCUGGAAGUUGCCGUCUAGUCCUCUCCGGAGAGCCAAACGAGCUCGCCUCUGCUCUUCUAGCAGCUCAGACACAUCUUCCCGAAGCUGCUUUGACCCCACCUCUCAGCAUAGAGACUGGUGCCCUUGGGUAAAUGUGACACUUGGCAAGGAAACCAGGGAGCAUGGUGGAACGGAGACAGAUGCCAGUAUCUCUACAGAGCCAGGCUGGAAGGCUGUGCUGAACAUCCUCUUGGCCCACAAGCAGUCCAACCAGCCAGCUGAAACAGACUCCAUGAGUCUCUCUGAGAAAUCCAGGAAAGUAUUCCGAAUAUUCCGGCAGUGGGAAUCUUUAUGCUCAUCCUGAAGACAUUCUAGCCCUUCCCAGAGAGAAGCAGAAUGAAUGACUUUGGGAAAUGAAGUCUGAAUUUCUUUGUGGUCAGCUGAUGCCAAGUUUUUUCCAUUCUGGUAUAACCAUCAGAAGCCAUCAUCCUUGCAAAAGGCAGUGAGUGUCACUCUCUGCAUCUGACUGAAGGGAAGCCUGUUUCCAUGCGGGGGUGUGGACAGGUGAGGUACAACACAUGUGGUCCUAUUAAAAGAGUGUGGGGUCACUUCAACCAGACAGAAGACCAAGGCCCUGAGCACGUUUAGUGUCUUUCCGUACUGGGCAGUGUCUCAAGGGCUCUUGUAUACUGGGAAUAUGACAAUAUGUAUUAAUAAAAUAUUUGUGAAUAUUCUUA